AUGUCUGCUACCGACUCAAUCGACCACAUCACCACCGAAGCCAAGGGCACCUCAUCGGCAGUGGACAUAGAGCAACAAGGCUCCCACCAUCUGGACGAGUCCAAGCCAGCGAGGUCUCUAGGCGCCGGAUCGGCUCUCGCCUUGGGCGCAUUCGGCACGACAUUGACGACGCUGUCCUUGAGCCUGAUGGAAUGGCGUGGAGUGACCACGACCAACGUCUUUGUUGCCAACUUCUUCUUUAUUGCGGCCUUUGGCCUGGUGGUAACGGCCCAGUGGGAAUUCUCCAUCGGGAAUGGAUUUGCCUACACUGUGUUUAGUGCAUUUGGACUCUUCUAUGCAGGGUAUGGAGCCAUUCUGACUCCGGCUUUCGGAAUUGAGCAAGCAUAUGGCGGCGAUACUGUGCAGUACAACAAUGCGCUAGGGUUCUUCAUGAUUCUUUGGACGGUCUUCGUGUUUACCUUCCUCAUUGCUUCUCUACCCAGCAAUCUCGCCUAUAUUGCCGUGUUCUUCCUGGUGGACCUGGGGUUCUUGACCGUGGCUGCCAGCUACUUUGCCGAGGCGGACGGACACCAUGCGGCUUCAAUUGCGCUGAAGAAGACCGGAGGAGCGUCGUGCUUUGUGGCCGGGUUAGCCGGGUGGUAUAUUGUGUUUCAUCUACUGUUGCAAGACUCGAUUGUGGACUUGCCUUUGGGAGAUACGUCACGCUACUUUGGUAGGAAGAAGAGGAAGAUGAACUAG